AUGUUGUCUGUGCAUAAUGGAGCAGAGCAAGGAGGCACACAAUCUGUCGGGUUGAUACAGAUCCAGACAUGGGGAAAGGAGCUUUGGCCAUGCAGCAGAGACUUGAUUGAGAACGAGAGAGAAACUUUCGAACCUGCUGAGACAGGAAUGAAGCAAGAAGAAAGGCAGUUCAGGACUUCAGCAGGCCACUGCCAGAAAUCUGCUGCGCUGAAAGAGAAGCAGAGGCCGAAGGGGAGCGAUCACAUGCACAACCUCAUCGACCUGGAUGGAGGUCACGAAGAGAGGCUCACUAUGCGACACUAA